ACAGAAUCAUCACCAUUCACGUAAUUCCCGCUAUUUUCUCUGUUUCUGCACCCUUACAUAAUUACAUUAUAUAAAAAAAAAAACUGGAAAGUUUAAAGAUUAGUCUUUUUCUUGAAAGUGGGGUUUUGUAUAGAUUCAUGUACAGUAAUAUAUAGGAAAAAGAAGAAAUUUUGAGAGGUGGGUAAUGAUGGAAGAUCAAGAAAAUGAAGGAGUUGGGGUGAUGAUAAUGGAAGAUGGGAAAGAUUUAGAGAGGAAUAUUUCAACGGCUUCUGAGAGAGGUUUUAGAGAGCCAUUGCUUAAUUCCAAGAGUAGAGUGAAUAAUACCUCACAAAUUGCAAUUAUUGGAGCCAAUGUUUGCCCUAUUGAGAGUCUUGAUUAUGACAUUGUUGAAAAUGACCUAUUCAAGCAAGAUUGGAGGUCAAGGAAAAAGGUCCAGAUAUAUCAAUAUAUCUUCCUAAAGUGGACACUUGUGCUUCUUAUUGGAUUGAGUACAGGACUUGUUGGUUUCUUUUUAAACAUAGCGGUGGAAAAUAUUGCUGGCUUCAAGCUUCUGCUUGCUAGUGACUUAAUGCUUGAGGAUAAGUAUUUCCGUGCAUUUGCUGCUUUUGCAGGUUGCAAUUUGAUUCUUGCAACUUGUGCUGCGAUCCUUUGUGCAUUUAUUGCACCUGCAGCUGCAGGGUCAGGAAUUCCUGAAGUUAAAGCAUAUCUGAAUGGUGUGGAUGCUCAUUCCAUUUUAGCUCCAAGUACAUUAUUUGUGAAGAUAAUUGGUUCUGUUUUGGGUGUUUCUGCUGGAUUUGUUGUUGGUAAGGAAGGACCCAUGGUCCACACUGGCGCUUGUAUAGCGAACCUACUUGGGCAGGGAGGCUCCCGCAAAUAUCAUCUGACGUGGAAGUGGCUGAAGUAUUUCAAAAAUGACCGUGACCGCAGAGACUUGAUCACUUGUGGUGCUGCAGGUGGUGUUGCAGCCGCUUUCCGAGCCCCAGUUGGUGGUGUUCUUUUUGCACUUGAAGAAGUAGCCUCAUGGUGGCGAAGUGCUCUACUUUGGAGGACUUUCUUCACAACUGCUGUAGUAGCUAUGGUGCUUAGAUCUUGCAUUCAAUUCUGUCGGAGUGGGAAAUGUGGACUAUUUGGUCAAGGAGGUUUAAUAAUGUUUGAUGUGAAUUCAGGAGCUCCUAAUUAUAACACCGUAGAUGUACUGGCAGUAUUGUCAAUUGGGAUUCUUGGAGGCCUUUUGGGAAGCCUUUAUAAUUAUCUUGUGGACAAGGUCCUGCGGACUUACAGCAUCAUUAAUGAGAGAGGUCCUGCUUUCAAAGUCAUGCUCGUAAUGACCAUUUCAAUCCUGACUUCUCUUUGCUCGUAUGGUCUUCCAUGGUUUGCAAGUUGCACACCGUGCCCUGUAGGCUUGGAGGAAAAAUGCCCUACUGUUGGUCGCUCUGGAAACUAUAAGAAUUUCCAGUGUCCAGCUGGGCAUUAUAAUGAUCUGGCCUCCCUGUUUAUGAAUACCAAUGAUGACGCCAUCCGCAAUUUGUUUAGUGCAGAAAAUUCAAGCGAAUUCCACCUUUCUACACUUUUUGUCUUCUUCGCUGGGGUAUAUUGCCUUGGCAUUAUUACCUAUGGAAUUGCUAUUCCCUCUGGGCUGUUCAUUCCUGUCAUACUUGCUGGAGCCUCAUAUGGACGUUUUGUUGGGACUGUCUUGGGUUCGGUCUCUAAUCUUAAUAAUGGCCUGUUUGCUCUCCUUGGGGCUGCCUCCUUCCUUGGUGGUACUAUGAGGAUGACAGUAUCACUCUGUGUCAUAUUACUUGAGCUCACCAAUAGUCUGCUUAUGCUUCCAUUGGUGAUGCUUGUUCUCCUUAUAUCAAAAACUGUGGCCGAUAGUUUUAACAAUGGUGUCUACGACCAGAUUGUGAAAAUGAAAGGCUUGCCCUACUUGGAAGCACAUGCCGAGCCUUACAUGAGGCAAUUGGCUGCAGCAGACGUUUGUUCUGGGCCUUUAGUAACAUUUUCAGGUGUUGAGAAGGUAGGGAACAUAAUACACGCUUUGAAGUUUACUAGGCACAAUGGGUUUCCUGUGAUUGAUGCACCGCCAUUCUCAGAUGCGCCAGAGUUUUGUGGACUUGUUUUAAGGUCACAUUUAGUUGUUUUGCUCAAAGGGAAGACAUUCACGAAACAAAGUGUACUGAGUGGCUCCAGUAUUUUGAAGAGGUUUCAUGCAUUUGAUUUCGCAAAACCAGGAUCAGGGAAGGGGCUUAAGUUUGAGGAUUUGUCCUUCUCCGCUGAGGAGAUGGAAAUGUAUGUUGAUCUCCAUCCUAUCACAAAUACAUCUCCAUACACAGUAGUGGAAACCAUGUCUCUGGCGAAAGCUGCAAUCCUUUUCCGACAACUCGGUCUCAGACACUUGUGUGUCGUCCCAAAGACUACCAACAGGAAUCCAAUUGUAGGAAUCUUGACAAGGCAUGACUUCAUGGCAGAGCAUAUAAAGGGACUGUAUCCACAUUUAGUCCAUCACAAGUAAACUAACUCUUUCAACAGGCAAUUGGUCAACCAUUAUUUAGAGAAGUGUUAUGCACACUCCACCAUUGAGCUCUCUUUGUACAAUCUUACUAAAUUUUCAUUUCAUUGUUAAAUAAAUAGAAGAAAGAUGAUCUUAACA